AUGUGUGCAAUGGUUUUUCUAACAGCAAAUGACUCCCGUACACGGUACACUGUGAUGAAAACAUUGCCAGACUCUGUUACUGUCUAUACCGCCGAUACACGGAAAAACGUUCUUCGACUAAAUAAGUAUGGAGGAGUGGAAUUGACAACCUUUAAUAACGUUGUAACAGCGAUGGAUACUAUAACAUCCGAUAGUGUCGUUACACUAGGAUGCCACAACGGUUCACUAAUUAUAUGGGACACACGCUCUAAGGCUCACUCUAUCGUCGAAGGUCACAAGGCGGCGGUGACUGUUCUCUGCAAGCAUCCAGUGUAUGAAGUAAUCUCUGGCUCUGAUGAUGGGCUUAUCGCAAUCUGGGAUAUGCGCAGCUUUCGCGUGCCCGUCACGACCCUUUCUCACAGCCACGCGGUGACGUCGCUGCACGUCGCCGACAGCGCGCUGGUUUCCACCAGCAUCGACGGGUCUGUGAAGGUCUGGGAUCUGAUAAGGAACGCCCUUCUUCACACACACGCCCAGCUGGCCCCCUCGUAUCCCAUUUUCGACUCCGCGCUCACCUGCAAGCAAGUGCUCUACACCGUCGGAACCGACGGGCUCAACCUCUUGGCCAUGAGAGGCAGCCUGCAGCCGCUGAGGGUGCAGAGGGUUGAACAGUUGAACAGCCAGCUGUGUCACCAACCCCCGUUUACACGAUUACUCAACGCCCGUUCUGCCCUCUUUCUUGCAAACCACUACACGAUCAUGAAGGUAUCUGAUCAGUUAGAGAUUGUAGACCAGUAUUGUAGAAGCACAAUGCCCAUCUCUGAAACAGAGCCGCCUCCCAUUGUACAGCUGUAUAGCGACCACCUUCUGUACUCCUUGGAUGAUAAGAUAAUGGUCAGGCAGAUAUAG